CUGAUCGCGCGCGUUCCACCGUCGUGUUCGGGACCAACGAGAAGUGGCGUAUGAACCGCAAUAUCCUGGCUCUGGGAGGCGCCUUCAUGCUCAUGUUCACUGCCUUCCACGGAGCCGCCAACCUGCAGAGUUCAGUGCACCCGGAGUCUGGCACGCAGACCCUGGCUGCUGUAUAUGGAUCGCUUAUAUUGAGUAAUAUACUGCUGCCGGCGCUUGUCAUCAGAUGGCUGGGCUGCAAGCGAGCAAUAUGCGUGUCUUUCCUCGCGUAUAUGCCGUUCAUAUUAGCUCAGUUCUACCCUCGGAUCUACACGCUGGUGCCUGCAGGCAUGAUGGUGGGCUUCGGCGGAGGCCCGCUGUGGUGCGCCAAGUGCACCUACCUGUCUGUGGUAUCAGAGCCGUACGCCCGGCUGUCGGGCGUGGCGGCGGAGGUGCUGGUGGUGCGGUUCUUCGGGCUCUUCUUCAUGUUCUACCAGAUGGCGCAGAUCUGGGGGAACCUCAUCUCUUCGGCUAUCCUAUCAUCAAACCUGGGUGAGGAUGUCAGCUACCUCAACGACACGCUGGCGCCCUCUGCGCAGGCGCUCACCAACCUGUCGCAGGUGGACUUCGGGGCCACGUGCGGGGUCAACUUCUGUCACGGGGAUGCUGGACAUGUGAACUCGAACCUGGUGCCUCCCUCCCCGCUGAAGAUGCAGCUGCUGGCAGGAGUGUACCUCGCGUGCAUCGCCGGCGCCGCCGCGCUGGUGGCGCUCGGAGUAGACCCCCUCACCAGAUACUCAGCCGGUCGCAAGUGCUCGGGCGACUCGGUUUCCGGGCUGCGUCUGCUGGCGGUGACGCUGCGGCAGCUGCGGCACAAGUACCAGCUGCUGCUGCUGCCCGUCAUCGGCUACAUUGGGGCGGAGCAGGCCUUCAUGGCGGCUGAUUUUACGCAGGCGUUCGUGGGCUGCGCGUACGGCAUCAGCAACAUCGGGUACGUGAUGAUCUGCUUCGGCGUGGUGAACGCGGCGGCGGCGCCCGUGGCCGGCGCGCUCGUCAAGAUGACCGGCCGGUUUCCUGUUAUGGUUGCUGCACUGCUCCUCAACCUGUGUCUCCUGUCGGCGCUGCUGGUCUGGCGGCCGGAGCCGGCGCAGUGGCUGGUGUUCUACGCACUGGCCGCCGCGUGGGGUGCCGCCGACGCCGUGUGGCUCGUGCAGGUCAACGCCCUGUCCGGGAUCCUGUUCCCCGGUAACGAGGAGGCGGCGUACUCCAACUUCCGCCUGUGGGAGGCCACCGGCAGCGUGCUGUCCUACGCAUCGGCGCCGUAUCUGUGUGUCAGGACCAGGCUCUACAUCCUGCUGGGUCUACUGUUGGCCGGGUUCGCGGGCUACAGCACCAUCGAGCUGAUGGAGCGACGCGAGAGGAAGAACCGGGAGACCAGCGCAGCAGAGCGAGAGACCAUGAUGAAGUAAAGGCUUCACCGUCAGACCUCGUAGUUAUUCAGCAAACAAACUAUGUAUCAUGCAUAUAGGCAUAAGGGUACUCCCUUAAACUGGUAAUUUAUGUGGUAAGGUGAAUCCUCCCUCAUCACAUAAAUUUGACAUGCGUUGAUGGUGGCCGUUGUGGUCAAGAUACUGCGUACGUGCAGGUGUACUUACUGUGUUAGACUGAGGAGAAGUGACAGCAGCCCGCGUGCAACACAUAAAUCAUCAUCAGUUUGUAAUCAUUCAUUUCCAAGAGUAAUGUGAGAUACUAUAAGCACUUGUACU